GAAACGUGUUGAUCGGAAGAAGGGUGAGGGUUUGUUGGGGCGAAGAAGAUGGAUAAGUGCGUCGCUUCUGUUGUCUUGGUUGAAUGUUAUGCUCACGGUUACAAGGAACACUAAAACCCUCGACCGCUUGCACUUGCUCCUUUUGUGCUCUUUUCACUCGUACCGCAUCUCUUGGUUCUUGGACUCCUUCUUUUUGACCAACAACAACGCAUUACUUGCUUACCUGACAUCACUCGUACUUGCACACGACUUGUUCAGCGUUUUCGUUUUGAUUGAUGAAUUACAUACCGGGCUGUCGUUAUUGUUAUACCCUAUGGACUUGCUAUAAGCUGGUGAUUUGUGUACCUUUUGUUAUACCU